AUGAUGCUGUGGCCGCGAGGGGUACCUGCGAGUACCGAGCCAGAGGAGAGCAGGCUGGAGCUACGGACGAAAGCACGAGGUGCUAAUGAUGGUGCCGGACUAGCGAGGUGCAAGUGGACAGCGCAGCACGGCACGGCAACGCAGCGGCAAUUGAAGGCAGCAACAAGCAGCAACAAGCACCAGCAACCAGCAAAAGAAGCGACGCAAAGAGGCAAAAAGAGCAAAAGGCAAAAAACCAGACGCAGCGACCACGCAACUGGGUCUGGAAACAGGGAUGCAUUUCGAAACUCAACCGCUCGCUGCCGCCCGCCUGAUUGGCCGUCGCCGCCAGCCGCCCCAGCCGGUGCAGCGCCAUCGCGGUGCAGUUGUGCGGCCGAAACAGCGGACCUCCAGCCUAAACAAACCCUGUCGAGCCCUGCCAUCCCGCGUUGCCACCCUCCAAAGCCCCCUCCAAAAGGCCCUCCCAGGCCGCGGUGGUGCAGCAGGCCCCGCCAUCCACCAAUCACCGCUGCCGGCCGCGCCGGUAGUCCUCGAGCGCACUGCGGGUUUCUGGGCUUGAAAUACGGGUGCCGUCGCCUCGAUUUGCGAGCUCGCGGCGACGAAGAAGAAGAAAAAGGGAAACUACAGAACAGGGCAAAAGCCAGAGAGCGCAUGCUUGCCCUUGCUUUUGCGUCCGGGGAGGAGCCGCGGCGUGCUGGCGCUGCGCAUUUGCUCGCUGCAUCAUCGCCAAUGCCAUGCUGCGCUCUUUUGGUUCCAGCCCUUCUGUACGACCUGCAGCCAGCACAGCACGAGAGGGUCGAGUCUGACUGCCGGAGGCGGCUCAACGCGACGCCCCCCCAAACGCAAAUGCGCUGUGCUGUGCUCGCUGCAGGCCGAUAA